AUGAAUCUGUGGGCUCAGUACUGUAAAUUUUGUGCGGUGCUGCUUAUUUUUCUUGGAAUUAACCAAUCAAAUGCAAAGAUUUGUGAUUUGUUUGAAGGAAGUUGGGUCCCUGAUUCAUCAUCCCCCCUCUACAACUCAAAUUCCUGUCCAUUCAUUGAGAGAGAGUUCAACUGUCAAAACAAUGGCCGCUCUGAUACCUUAUACCUCCAUUACAAAUGGCAACCUCAUGCCUGCAACUUACCAAGAUUUGAUGGCCAAGAUUUCUUGCAAAGAUUCAAAGGGAAAAGCAUAAUGUUUGUGGGAGAUUCUUUAAGCCGGAAUCAAUGGCAGUCAUUGACGUGCUUGCUUUACACAACCUUACCUUCGACCAAAUAUAAUGUUUCUAGAAUCGGAGAUGUUUCUACAUUCACAUUCACGGAUUUCGACGUUAAAUUGAUGCUUAAUCGCAAUGUAUUUUUGGUGGAUGUUGUGAGAGAAGCCAAGGGUAGAAUCUUGAAAUUGGACUCAAUUGAAGGUGGAAAACUAUGGAAGGGGAUUGACAUAUUUAUUUUCAACACAUGGCAUUGGUGGAAUCGUAGAGGAGCUACACAACCAUGGGACUAUAUUCAAGUAGGACAGCAGUUAUACAAAGACAUGGAUAGAGUAGUUGCCUUUGAGAAGGCACUAAACACAUGGGCAAAAUGGGUGGACACCAACAUUGAUCCUGCCAAAACCAAGGUUUUCUUCCAAGGAAUUUCCCCCUCCCAUUACAACGGCAGCACAUGGGACGAGCCGAGUGCAAAAUCUUGUGUAGGACAGAAGGAGCCACUGGCUGGCUCGACAUAUCCCGGUGGAUUGCCAUAUGCUUUAACUGUGCUGAAGAAAGUUCUGGGCACAAUCAAGAAACCCGUCACGUUACUCGAUAUAACGAAUCUUUCGUUGUUGCGCAAAGAUGGACAUCCUUCUAUAUAUGGGUUGGAAGGAAGAACAGGAAUGGAUUGCAGCCAUUGGUGUUUAGCAGGAUUGCCUGAUACUUGGAAUCAAAUUCUUUAUAGUCUCAUUCUUUAA